AUGUCUACUACUUUAGUUAUCAACGGUAAGGCACCAGUAGUCGCCUAUGGUUCCUUAAUUGCUGCUCGUAUUGUCAAUGCUUCCAAACCAGAUACUGUCACCAUCCAAUUCGUUGAUGACAAAAAGGCUGCUCCAGCUACUUUCAAUGGUGAUGCCACCGACUCCUUCAACAGAAUAAUCGCUUCUUUCCCAGAAGUCUUCGGUGAAGCCGUGGAAUCUGAAACUGUCUCUCCAUGGGUCACCGCUUCAGAAGAAGAAUUUGUCAUCAAGAAUUUCCAAAAACUAUCCCAAUCCUUGGAAAAACUAGAUCACCAAUUGAAUCUAAGAACUUUCAUUCUUGGCGGUCUAAAAUACUCCACCGCUGAUAUCGCUGUUUGGGGUGCCUUAAGAUCCAACGGUAUGGUUGGCUCCAUCAUCAAGAAUAAAGUCUAUGUCAACGUUUCUCGUUGGUACACCCUUUUGGAACUGGACCCGGUCUUCGGUGGCGCCCAUGAAUUCUUGACCAAAUCCUUACAAGAUCUAAAGAAGGCUGCUUCUGCAGGAAAGAAGAAGGAGAGCCACAAGGCUAACUUCGAAAUCGACUUGCCAGAUGCUAAGAUCGGUGAGGUUGUUACUCGUUUCCCACCUGAACCAUCUGGUUACUUACACAUCGGUCACGCUAAAGCUGCCUUAUUAAACCAAUAUUUUGCUCAAGCUUACAAAGGUAAGUUAAUCAUUAGAUUCGAUGACACCAAUCCAUCGAAAGAAAAGGAAGAAUUUCAAGAUUCCAUCUUGGAAGAUCUAGAACUAUUGGGUAUUAAGGGCGAUAGGGUUACCUAUUCCUCUGACUAUUUCCAACAAAUGUACGAUAUGUGUGUUCAAUUGAUUAAAGAAGGUGGUGCUUACUGUGAUGACACCCCAACCGAACAAAUGAGGGAGGAACGUGGUGAAGGUAUCCCAUCUGCUAGAAGAGACCGUUCUGUGGAGGAAAACUUGAGAAUCUUCACUGAAGAAAUGAAGAAUGGUACCGAAGAAGGUUUGAAGAACUGUGUCCGUGCAAAGAUUGACUACAAAGCCUUGAACAAGACUCUAAGAGACCCUGUCAUUUACAGAUGCAACCUUACUCCACAUCAUAGAACCGGCACCACUUGGAAAAUGUAUCCAACUUAUGAUUUCUGUGUCCCAAUCGUUGAUUCUUUAGAAGGUGUCACUCACGCUUUAAGAACCAUCGAAUACAGAGACCGUAAUGCUCAAUAUGACUGGAUGUUACAAGCUUUACACCUAAGAAAAGUUCACAUCUGGGAUUUUGCUCGUGUCAAUUUCGUUAGAACCUUGUUGUCAAAGAGAAAACUACAAUGGAUGGUCGACAAAGGUUUAGUCGAAAACUGGGAUGAUCCAAGAUUCCCAACUGUUAGAGGUGUUAGAAGAAGAGGUAUGACUGUGGAGGGUUUGAGAAAUUUUGUUCUAUCUCAAGGUCCAUCAAGAAACGUCAUCAAUUUAGAAUGGAACUUAAUUUGGGCCUUUAACAAGAAAGUUAUUGAUCCAAUUGCACCAAGACACACUGCCAUCUCUAAUCCAGUCAAAUUCCACAUUGAAGGUGCUCCAGAGACUCCAAAGAUUGAAAUGAAACCAAAACACAAGAAGAAUGCAGAUGUUGGUGAAAAAAAAGUCAUCUAUUACAAUAAUGUGGUCAUUGAUAAGGAUGAUGCUGAUUUGAUUGAUGCUAAUGAAGAAGUCACUUUAAUGGAUUGGGGUAACGUUAUCAUCACCAAGAAGAAUGAAGAUGGUUCUUUGGAAGGUAAGCUACAUUUGGAAGGUGAUUUCAAAAAGACUAAGCAUAAAUUGACUUGGUUAGCAGACACUAAUGACGUUGUUACUGUAGAUUUAGUUGAUUUCGAUCAUUUGAUCUCCAAGGAUAGAUUAGAAGACGAUGAAGAUUUUGCUGAUUUCUUAACCCCACAAACUGAAUUCCACAAUGCUGCCAUUGCUGAUUUGAAUGUUAAGGACAUGAAAGUUGGUGACAUCAUUCAAUUUGAAAGAAAGGGUUACUUCAGAUUGGAUUCUUUACCAAAGGAUGGCAAGCCUUACACGUUUUUCACUAUCCCAGAUGGUAAAGCUGUUAACAAGUAUGGUGCCAAGAAAUAA